CUAUAAUUAUUUAGUUUUAAAAGCCCUCUCUCAUGUCACUUACACUUAGAUGUACACUUCAAACAACAAAAUAAGAGAAAGGUGUGUAGUUUUUAUCUAUUGAUGUUAUAAUUUCUAAUAUCGUUAGUGAUAUUAUUAGAAGUUACAUUUUUAACUUUGUGUUAUAGGGCAAACCAUGUAAACUCGCGAUAGGUUCCAUUGAAAAUAUUGUUGCUCAUGGUACGGUGUAUGAGAGAAUUGAACACAAUGAAGCCAUUCAUACAGUGCCAUUAGGAGAAUCCAAUGUACGUGUGUCUAUUGAAGUUGUUAUUCAAAAAGAUGCCCCUCUUCCUAUACCUAUCCCAGAUGAGAUGCUUAUUGUUGGAGAAGCAGUGGGAUUUUUUGUUGCUUGGCCCAAAAAUCUUGUAUUGGUCGGUGAUGAGUGCUUUGAAAAUUUAUGAAACUACCCAAAGGAGGAGGAGGACCAUUCCAGUUUGGAAAGUAGUUCAGUCCCCGCAACAACCUACAAACGUGGAAUGUGGGUUUUAUGUAAUGCGGUAUAUGAAAGACCUCAUUAGAGAUCAAAGCAUCCUAAGAAAACAAAAUUUCAAUGGAAAAAAGACUUACACGGAAACUGAACUUGAUGAAGUGCGAGUUGAAUGGAUUAAUUUCAUACUAAAGAAUAUGAGUUGAAAUCCAAUGUAAGUAUGAUAUAACUUCCAUUCUUUAAAUUACUAAUCAACAAUUUCUUUAGUUGGUAAAGAAUAUAUAAUCACUUCAAGAUUUCAUUUUAGAUUUGUUGAUUCUAUGUAUAUUUGGUUUUAUGACAUUAAAAUAUCAGCUCAUACAUUGAAGAUUUUCAUUUUGGAUUUAUUGAUUCUUUGUAUAUGUCAUAUUUAUAUAUGGUAAUCCAAACAUUUUAUAUUAGUAACAAUCAAAGUUGUUAUUCCUUUUCUAUUGAUGCAGGAGAUGAAGUGUCAG